AUGGGGCUGGAAAUGUUUUCGUUGAACAACAAGGUGCUGAAUGGAAUGGAGGGUCGGAUGAGAGAGUCAAAUUUACGAAUUUUGGUCGGGCUGGCCGUCGCUUUUGUCUAUUUGCUCGUCGGAGCCAUCGUCUUUGUCAGGUUCGCAUAUUUUCUUCGGAAAUACUCUGAUUCACACUAUCCAAGUCAGCACACAGUCGAAGUUAUGGCCGUGGCCUAGAAAACGCGGGCGCGAAAACUCUUCCCUGCUGAUACUUGUGCCGAACGCAAAAAAAGAUCCCGUGGCCUAGGAGCUUUCUAGGCCACGGCUAUAACAUUGACUACGCGCUGCGAUAAAUCGCAACCCGAGAACGCUGUUUUUCAUGAUGUUCCCGUUCCAGAAUCGAGUAUCCGCUGGAGAAAAUCGAGCGAGAAGUCCAUCUGACGUAUCAAAAUCAAUGGCGCCAACGACUUUUGGCCCUGGACAUUGACGGUAUUUCUGAAAAAAAAACGAGCAUUUCAAACAUCACUCGAUCCACGUUGAUAACGAAAAGGUGAUAAGAGAGCAGCGGUGCGCAAAAAAUCGAUAACACACUCGUCACAGUCAAAUGUGUCUGUGGUGGACGUGUAGUCGUGUCGAGCACAAAUUCUCUCGGCUCAAUCGAGCAAUUCUCGUCGGAGCGCUCAUUUUGGCGUUCUAUUUGAUCACCGGCGCCCGCCUCAUUCAGCUCAUUGAGAUUGGCAAUGAUUUGAGGGCUAGGAAUAAAUUUCAGGCGGAAUUGCAACUGUUUAUGACUAGGAAUAAUGUGAAUCGUGAGUACAUUUUAGAAAGUUGUAUCGAUUUUCGAGUUUUGCGCUGGAAAUGUGUGUUGAUUUCGUCGGAAACGUGUUCCGGAAUAUGCGAAAAGCGUGUCGAACCAAUGUUUUCCUCGUCAAAUAUCUUUUUUUAUCGAUUUUUUGCACAAAAAUAGCGAACGCUUCGAUUUUUAAAGAAAAUCCUCAAAAUUUACCGUCCAGCAAGUCCAAAUCGUUUGCAGAAACCGAAGUCGACAAGCUCUUCGUGAACAUCCGCGAGGCGGCACUCAAUGGCAUCUGGAUGGACCGCAACCUGACCUCCGAUCCCAAUUGGACCUUUGGCCAGGCGUUCUUCUUCGCCGGAACUCUCAUCAGUACUGUCGGUUACGGUCGGGUCAGUCCGAGGACCGAACACGGAAAACUCUUCACCAUUUUGUACUGUAUUAUAGGUGAGCGAGCGGCGAAAAAAUAAUGAUAUCGAAAAGUGGUCAACUGAUGAAAUGUGCGCAAUGUAUUCCUGAUCAAUUUAUUAGUUGACUACUUUUUUAUUCGUCCACCGGCAGCCGAGAUAUAUAGGUUUUUUUUGCUAGGAAUCCCGUUAACCCUGGCUCUUCUCUCGGCGAUUGUGGCUCGGAUGAGGGAGCCGUCACACCGGUUGCGAGGAAUUUUGAAUCAAAAGCUGGGACAUUUGUUCACUAUAAAUCAUAUUCAGGUUGGAAAUAGUUCUAAACACAGAGGUCACACACACACACACACAAAUGUCAUUUUCAGCUGAUCCACGUGGGCGUUGUGCUCGCCGCUCUACUCAUUUUCGUCUUCGCCAUUCCUGCCUGGAUAUUCUCAUCAAUCGAAUCCGAAUGGACCUAUUUAGGUACACGAUUCGGCAAAAGCGAUUAUUUUCGAAAAGCGUCUUUUCGACAAGAACUUGAGAAAAUUCCAGACGCCUUCUACUACUGCUUCGUCUCCCUAACCACUAUCGGACUCGGAGAUUUCGAGCCGGGUGACGAUGCGGAUCAGUCGUUCCGCGGCGUUUACAAGAUUGCGGCUACCGUAUAUCUCAUGGGCGGUCUGUGCUGUAUGAUGCUCUUCUUGGCCACACUCUACGACGUUCCGCAAUUCGAUUUGACCGCGUUUUUCGUGAAGAACGACGAAGAAAUGCGGAUUAAUGAGGUAAAUUUGAGAAAAAAACGAUUGUUUUCAAUUUUGUGCCAACCAAUUUCUUUUAGGAAGACGGAAAAUACGGAACUUUGGACGCGAACGUCGUCGAAAAUGGCUACUACACCCAAUAA